ACUUGCCAAACGCAUUGCAACCAUGAAUCUUGCAGCAGUCACAUCGACCCCUGAUGUAACACCAGUUCAAACAAAAUCAGCUAAAUCCACAGCAGUUUGGACAUUAGGAUGCGAGGCAGGGCCUGGCAGCCCAAGUUCUGAAGACGACGAGAUAGUUGAGGCAGCCGGGAGUCGGCUAUGUCCGUGUUCAAUGAUGUGAUGGAGAAACUAUCCCAAGUGGCAACCAAUGCUGGUUCAGUUAGUCCCUUAACCUUCCAGCUGAGAACUACAUGGAAUGAUGCUAAAGAAGACGAGAAAGGGAUCUGCAUUGAUAAGGCCAUCGAAGCUUGCAGUCUCGUGUGUGACGUCAUGGCACCGAAUGCUGGGCGAGAUCCGUUUCAGUCUUGUUUCACAGCUAACAAAGAGACAAACUAUAGUGAAUUUGUACCCCUAAUGCAGGCUUAUAGCAAUGCCACCACGAAAAACGUGAAAACUCAAAUUCUAAGUUUAUAUGCACAUCAAUAUCCAGUGAAGACACUUCAGAAGAUCCACGGACCGUACGCCAAGUUAACCGAGUGGCAAAUAAAGCGUGCUAGAUCACAUGCAAGAGAGAGCGGUCCAGGGUCUUUGGUAGAAACAUCGCCAUGCCAUCGAAUUCGACUGCAACCAGUAAAGCUUGACCAUUUUCUAGAUUUUGUCAACCGCCCUUACUUUUAUCAAGAUGUGGCUUUUGUUAUGAGCGAGCUCAGGCUUGAAAAUGGCGAGAAGAUUACAAUGCCAAAUGUUAUUCGGAAGGUAACAAGGUCAACAAUGAUCAGGCGGUAUCUCCAAUUCUGCAAAGAAAAACAGUUUGAAGCUUUAAGCCAAGCUACUUUUUUCGCAUUCUUAAGGUAAGGGAAGCAUCUCAACAGAAAUCUCUCUGUGGUUUAGACAACACAGCAGUAGAGGGAUCAGGGGGUUUCCAGCGACUCCAUGGAAUAGUGGAUUAA